AUGAGUGCAUCAGAAAACCCUAGACUUCAACAUCAUAACCCUUAUUCAGUGGGAAAAGGUUACUCUCCCUCUCCCUCAUCUACGACACCCAAGCUCUUCGGUUUCCCUUUAACCACAACUUCAUCAUGCUGCGAAUCCAUGGCUAGUAAAAGGUUCAAAUGUGACUUUUGUUACCGCGAAUUUGCAAAUUCACAGGCACUAGGUGGCCAUCAAAACGCCCACAAGAAAGAGCGUCGAAGAGCCACCUUAGCGCGCUUUCACCAACAUUCGAUGCCCUUUGUCUUUUUUCCUUCAUCAUCAGGAUCAGUAGUUUCUCCGCAUGGAAGGGCCCCACACCCAGUAAUUCCUAACGGAGAACCUGAUCCUGAUAAUGACCAAGAAGAUCUAUUAAUUCCCGUUGUUGCGAUGAAAACAAAUGAAGGUGAUGGUGCAAGACAAAAAGGAGCCUUUUUUGUGGAACAAGUACACAAUAAUAGUGGUGAUGAUGAUGUUGAUCUUAACUUGAGGCUAUAG